AUGGACGAACACUACGUCAAGUCGAAUCGCUCAGGUGGGUCUGAUAGCGUCCCGUAUGCUGCGCAUGUCGACACUACAGCUCCCGGUACUUCAGGCAUUGACAACUCCUUAGGAACGUGGAGCACCGGUUUGUUCGGCUGCUUCACCCACCCCAUCCCGAACUGCGCAAUGGUCACGUUCUGCCCGUGCGUUUCGGUUGCUCAAGUCGCGUCGAAGCUCGAGGUUAUGGAAAAGUUUUCGGCCAAGUUCAGGCUGACCCCAUACUGGAUCGCGCUCUUUUCGUCGCUCGUGGUGGUGGUGGGGCAGUACGUGAUGCUGGCGCUAUUUAUCAACCAAGUUUCAGUCAUCAUCACGAGCGACUCGGUCGUGUGGGGGUAUAUCAAGUACAAGUAUCAUCACUGGGGUGAGGAUGACACGUGGUACAUCUACCUCAUUCUCGCCGCAGUCUGCUACGUACUCUUCUCCGUUACAGUCUGGCAGCUUCGCGCGGAGACACGUAGUCAGUUCCAGAUCCGCGGCAAUUGGUGCGAAGACUGUUGGUCAUCGCUGUGGUGUCCAUGCUGCACUCUGGCUCAAACUGCCACGCAAGCGCAGAGCUAUACGCCUGGUAGCUGCAGUUUUGGACCACCACAAGCGGAUACGCUGCCCGCGUAUCAUCAGCAUUAGCGAGAUAACGUGGUUACAAUCGAGCCAGCCCUUUAUAGUACGAACCUAGGUAAGAGUCGCCAAAUUAACCUCUUUCCAACCCAA